AUGGAAGAACAAAAGAUUACACCUUGGGACGUGGAAGUUGUAUCUACAAGCGAGACGCCUGUGGCCAUCGACUACGACAAGGUAGUUAAUCAGUUUGGCUGCGAGCGCUUUAAUCAGGAUCUAGUGAAGCGUUUAGAACAACUUACAAACAAGCCAGCACACUACUUCUUUAGGAGAGGCAUAGUUUUUGGGCACAGGGAUUUUAACCUUUUGCUUGAUGAAGUAUCCAAGAACAAGUCAUUCUAUCUGUACACAGGAAGAGGCCCCAGCUCGAAGGCAAUGCAUAUUGGCCACAUCAUCCCCUUCCUUCUUUGUAAGUACAUUCAGGACACUUUCAAAGUACAUCUUGUAAUUCAAAUAACUGACGACGAGAAGUUCCUGUGGAAAAAUAUGAAACUCGAGGAUGCUAUAUCGUAUGGGAAAGAAAACAUGAAGGAUAUUAUAGCACUAGGUUUUGAUCCAAAACUGACGUAUAUAUUUUCUAAUGUUGAAUCUUCUCAUCACUUCGAAAAAAAUGUCCUGAAGAUAUCGAAGACAAUCAACUUCAAUGAGGUAUCUAAGAUCUUUGGAUUCAACACAUCCAGCAACAUAGGGCAGGUGGGAUUUCCAUCAAAAGAAAUAGCACCCUGCUUUCCAAGCUCUUUUAAAUUUAUUGAAGAGGAUGCAAUGUGUCUUGUUUUUGCAGCAGUUGAUCAGGACCCGUUCUUCAGGUUGGCAAGAGACAAAGCAAAUACGCUUGGGGAGAGAAAGCCUUCGUCUGCAUACGUAUCCCUUCUUCCAGAUCUCAAAGGUGUGAAUAGAAAGAUGUCUGCUAGCGAUCCAAAUAGCUCCAUAUAUUUGGACGAUACACCGGAAACAAUACGAAAGAAGAUUACAGUGCAUGCUUAUUCUGGGGGUAGGGAAACAUUGGAAGAACAUCGGGAAAAGGGAGGAAAUAUCGAUGUGGAUGUCCCAUUUGAAUAUCUGAGAUAUUUCUUGGAUGAUGAUCAGGAGCUUGAAAGAUAUCGGUUGGGAUACAUUAAGGGAGAGAUUACCAGCAGGGAAAUGAAGGAGAAAUGUAUUUCUAUUGUUCAAGAAUUUGUUUUAAGGUAUCAAGAAUCCCGAAAGAAGAUUACCGAUGAAGACUUGAAAGUAUUUAUGGACAUCAAUAAAUUUUAG